AUGGCGCCCUGCCCCGUCCUGCAGAGGGAGCCGGUGUUCCAGUCGGGAGCGCACGCCUACAGGAUCCCCGCUCUGCUCUACCUGCCAGGGCAGAGGGCCCUGCUGGCCUUUGCCGAGAAGCGGAUGAGCAAGAAGGAUGAGCACGCGGAGGUGAUUGUCCUCCGCAGAGGGGACCACGACGUGUCGGCCCAGCAGGUCCAGUGGCACACGCAGGAGGUGGUGGGCGCAGCCCAGCUGGAAGGCCACCGCUCCAUGAACCCCAGCCCCCUGUAUGACGAGGUCACGGGGAUCCUGUUCCUCUUCUUCAUCGCUGUCCCAGGGCAGGUCUCCGAGCACCACCAGCUCCGCACCAAGGUCAAUGUCACGCGCCUGUGCCUGGUCACCAGCACUGACUAUGGGAGGUCCUGGAGCCCCGCCAGAGACCUCACUGACCCCGCCAUUGGCAGCGCCUACCGGGAAUGGGCCACCUUUGCGGUGGGCCCUGGGCACUGUCUGCAGCUGCACAACAAGAUGCAGAGCCUGCUGGUGCCCGCCUACGCUUACCGGAUACUGGGCCCACUCCAGAGCCCUUCCCCUUUCGCUUUCUGCUUUGUCAGCCACGACCAUGGGCACACGUGGGGGAGAGGGGACUUCGUGGCCCCCGACACCCUGGAGUGCCAGGUGGCAGAGGUCGGGCACGGGCCACAGAGGGUGGUGUAUCUCAACGCGCGAAGCUCCCACAGGGCCAGGGUCCAGGCCCAGAGCACCAACGACGGGCAGACCUUCCAGAAGCCGCAGCCGGUGCAGAAGCUCGUGGAGCCGCCCCCCAGUGGCUGCCACGGCAGCGUCAUCAGCUUUCCCAGCCCCCACUCGGGCCCACGCACCUCGGACAAAUGGCUGCUCUACACUCACCCCACCGACCCGCAGCACAGAACCAACCUGGGCGUCUACCUCAACAAGCGGCCCCCAGCCCCCGAGGCCUGGUCGGAGCCCACCCUGCUGGCCACAGGCAGCUGCGCGUACUCGGACCUGCAGGGCAUGGGGCCCGGGCCCGACGGGUCGCCCCAGUUUGGGUGUCUGUACGAAUCGGAUAACUACGAGGAGGUCGUCUUCCUCAUGUUCACCCUGAAGCAAGCCUUCCCGGCAGAGUUUUUGCCUCAGUGA